AUGGAGCCGCCGGUCCCAACGCUGCUCGAGCUGGCGCUACGUGCGAUCGCCAACAACAUAUUCUGCUUUUACAAUUCUGCACUGCUGGACGAAGGCUCGUUGCCCGACGCCUUUCAGCAUCUCCUGCAUCGCUUCGACGUGGCGCACGCCCAAGGUCUUCGCGAUGGCAACUACCUCCGGGACAUUUGCAAGCGGCAAGUAACGAAGCUUGGCGCGUUCAAGAUGCUUGCUACUAUCUACGAGCAGCUACUAUGGGGUCCCAAGCAUUCGUGGACGCCCGAUGAAAUUGAGUACUUUGGCUUGUCUGGAUUGGUUGCUAUCGGCUUGGCCACGUCUGUGAACCCCAGCCCCGCAUCCGCGACCGCUCAUGACGACGAUGGCGCCAUGAUCGAGGUCGACCAAACCUUUGCCUCGGAUCGCCGCGUCCUCGAUAUCCCUAUAACAGAGCCAACGGUCACGGUCCAAACCAUGACGGUCGUCGCCAAGAGUCUCGAGCCGCUGACGAAUGUGUUUGCACACGCGAUAGCCGAUAUUCUCUUGCGCUACGAUCAGCUCGUUGAGAUUCGGCUUGUGUCGUGCCUCUUGGGCCCAGCGGGUGUCGUGCUUCUCGCCGCCAGCGCCGCCACGUCCAAGUCGCUCCGGGUCCUCGACUUGAGCAACGACUGGACCGAGCACGAUGCGAGCUGCGACAACGUGGUUGGCAGCCACGGCGCGAUCGCAGUCGCGUCGGCCAUCUCCACGGCACCGUCCUUGACCAAGGUGGCUCUCAAUGGCACGCGACUUGGAUACAAAGGCGGGUGUGCGCUGGCAGUUGCUAUCGGCCACUCGCGUUCGCUUCGGUGCUUGCAUCUCCGUCGCUGCCAAAGCGUCGCCCGCGCCGCGCCAGCGCUGCUUGCCGCCUACAACGCCUCCCCUUCGCUUGCUGAUUUGGACAUGGAGUGGUGUCGACUGCCAGCCGGUCUCGGUGUCCAGCUGCUUGAUCUGCGCGGCCGACGUCAGGCCUCGGCCCCCGAGACGGCGGCAACUAACUAACAAAGACAAUAUUAUACAACACCUAUUUGCAUGUC